CAGCAUCUCGCCCUCACCACUGAAACGGGAUUGCCUAGCUGUGGUUUGAUAGAGUCGGCUCUGCAUACCUACGCUUUGAUACCGUCACUUUCAAUCAUGGCUACCAUGUUUCGUCCCAGCCACCAUGGGAAGGCCAAAAACAAAGAUGAAGAACAAAGUUUGUCCACCCUCUUGGACGACGCGCAACGUGGUGCCUUGAUGGUCUUGAUUUCCGAAGUACUGGAGCACAUGCGAAAAAUAGUCUUCGACAACUUCGAGCAGCCCCACAUAUCUAGUCAUAAGAAAUCUGAGCAGGAGGAGAAUGCCGACGAACCUGAUGGGUCUGGGCGUGAAGGGCAACAGCCUCUGCAGCAAAGUGAUCAGACACCACGUGGCCUAGAUCCGAAAUCAGAAGCUGAGGCACUCAGAUACUUUGAUGACUGGCGGGACUCGGUAGUAUUGCGAGUGGGAGAGGUCUUGAAUGAGAGACGGGAAGCUACCAAAGAACAUAAUCUGUUGUCUACUCAUGAAGGCGACUUGCCAGAGGAUCUUCUCGAAUCUGGAACGGAUACGACGAACAGAUUGCAACAAGUUUAUUGCCCGUUUGACAACUCACUUCGAAGUUUGGCAAAAGCAGAAAGGCUUCUUAUACUGCAUUCAUUGUUACUACUACUUCUCAGUCUCAAGCAUUACAAUGCAUAUUCACGAGUGCUUUUACUGCAUAUAACCUCUAGCCUUGGUCUUACGCUCAAAGACUUGAAUGAUGACGAGGCAAAAGUUGCCCGCGGUUUACUAGAUGCUGCUGUGACUAUGACUGCUGAUGAGGAAGCGAAGAAAAAAGCAGACGAAAACCGCAAUCUUCGCAAAUGGAAGGUUGGUUUCGCCACAGUCGCUGGAGCGGCACUUAUAGGAAUCACUGGCGGCCUUGCAGCUCCACUGGUUGCUGCUGGUCUCGGUACAAUUAUGGGGGGAUUGGGUCUAGGAGGCACAAUCGCUGCUACGUACCUCGGGGCUUUAGCUAGCAGUGGGGUUAUUGUCGGCGGGCUCUUUGGUGCUUAUGGUGGAAAAAUGACAGGUAAAAUGAUGGAUAGAUAUGCUCGUGAAGUUGAAGAUUUUGCAUUCAUUCCGGCUCGCGGAUCGAUGAAGCAGUUUAAAGAUGAGAAGCAAGCGGCAAAAGAAGAUCAUCGACUAAGGGUUACAGUCGGUAUCACUGGCUGGGCUACAGAAGAAGACCAUAUUAUUCUACCAUGGCGAGUUCUCAACUCAGAUUCAGAAGUUUUCGCCCUUCGAUGGGAGUAUGAGGCAUUAUUGAAUCUUGGAAACUCCAUGCGUGCGUUAGUGACAACUGCAGCAUGGAAAGUGGCGAGUCAUCAAAUAUUAGUUCGAACUAUUUUCGCAGGUCUCAUGAGCGCUCUCCUAUUGCCAGUGGGCCUGAUGAGACUUGCCAGAAUCGCAGCGAAUCCCUUCAGCGUUGCUAUUUCACGGGCAGAUAAGGCUGGAGAGGUUCUCGCCGAUGCUCUUAUCAAUAAAGCGCAGGGAGAACGGCCAGUCACGCUGGUUGGAUAUUCACUAGGAUCACGAGUCAUAUAUUCCUGCCUGCGGAGUCUAGCUAAACGACGCGCCUAUGGUUUAAUCGAGUCGGCGAUUCUCAUGGGAUCACCGAUUCCCGCUGACCUUGUUGAGUGGCAGCUAAUGCGAGCAGUGGUCAGCGGCCGCCUUGUUAACAUUUACUCCGAGAAAGACUCUGUCCUUGCACUUCUCUAUCGUGCUACACAUUUUGAGGUCGACAUUUCCGGUCUCCAGGCUGUCAAGGAAGUACCCACCGUGGAGAAUGUGAAUGUUAGUGAAACGGUCAACGGUCAUCUGCGCUAUCAACACCUCAUUGGAAAGAUCCUGGAAGACAUCGGCUUUGAAGAAAUUGAUGAAAUCCAGCUUUCUAAGGAGAAAGACGCCCUCCGAGCUCAAGACGAAGCCAUAGAAAAGGAGCGAGCAAACAACGAGCGGAAACGGGAGAAUAAAUUAUCCACCAAAGAGCCAGCUAAGCAAGCUGACAGGCAAAUCAGUCCAGAGGAGCAACAAAAACAAGUUGAAAAGAAAAUUCCUGAAGAUAGAGAAGACCCUCGAAAGGCGCUUGAAAGUGAUGAGGAAGAGGAUGAAGAAAAACUGAAUUUUAUUACUAUGAUUGAUGAGGAGGAGGAGGCUGAACUCAAGCAUGAAAUAGCCCAACGCACACAUGAACAAUUGCUCAAUCGGAAAAUGCGACAAAUGGACAUUAAACGUCCCAGCGAGAGAACCCGGCAGCAUCAAUGAUUACAAGUGUUUUGACCUCAUAACAGGCUACUUUAUAACAAAUAUAUAUGGCAAUAUCUUGGAUAUUUGACCGGGAAAGUGGCAGAUAAAUAUUUUACGUUUCUUCUGGAGUGUUUCGGGCAACUCCAAGGAUAGAUCUUAAAUAGAGUCAAGAGCCGCAGUUGCUUGAUACUGAUAAUGCUAAUUUAAU